AUGCUGUCGGUUCUUAUCACUAGACAUUUCAUUGCUCUUACAUUAGUAACAUUACUAUCAAUUGCUGAAAUAAAUGCACAGUUUUUGAAUUUAAAUCUGUUAUCAUACAACAACAGGGGAGGACACGGCCUGAACAAUAACCCAGCGCCUGCAGAUCCUGCUGCACCUCCAGCAGGUCGUCCUGCACAAAAUGGUGGUCCUCCUGCACCUGGUGGUCCCCCUGCACCUGGUCGUCCUGCUGCACCUGCUGGUCAAGCAGCAGCAGCCCAAACUACAGUGAAUCCUUUCGGCUCAUUGUCUUCUGCACUUGGUGCUGGUUUGAAUUUUCUUGCAGGCAGCUUGGCUAGUGGAGGCUCCCCAUAUCCUCAUUUUCCUUACUACAGUGGAUACGGAACGCCGACAUAUUAUUACUAUGGUGGUUAUCCAUACUACUACUAUUAUUAUGGUUAA